AUGUCCGGGUCAAGCACAUCGGAGACGCCAAGAGAAAAAAAUAAGGAAAGGAAUCGCGACUGUUAUUCGAGGAGAAUGGAGGUUCCUGGUUCAUCGAAGAAGAUGAUCGCAACGCAGGAAGAGAUGGUCGCAGCUAAAGUACCUCUCGGUUACAGAGACCAGUGCGCUCAUCUCCUGAUUCCGCUCAACAAAUGUCGCCAGGCCGAGCUCUUCCUCCCAUGGAAAUGCGAGGACGAGCGUCACGUCUACGAGAAGUGCGAGUACGAGCUCGUCAUGGAGCGAAUGCUCGCGAUGCAGAAGAUCCGCGAGGAAGAAGCCAAAGCUAAACAGAAUAAACUACAAGGGAACGGUGUCCCUCUGAUCCCUAAGACCGCUAACGCUUAGCCUCUCGAUUCAUCGGGAUUCUCUGGAACUGUGAAGAAGGUGGGGGCUCUGGUUUUCAAUAUAUUCUUCUUGUUGCUGAUGAAACAUUUGGUUCUACAUUUUCAGAUAUGUAUGUUCUAAGGCUCUCUCCCAUUGAAAAUAAGAUGUAAACACAUCUCUGGUUUAGUUUACUUUCUUUAAUACUUUGAGAGACAAAAAAAAAGAACUUAUGAGUUGAAAACGUUUCUACCUCUUUUUUAAAAGUCCACA